AUGAUCUCCAAGCAGAAUGUCCCAACUGUUUUGAUGGCGGUGAUUCUCCUUCUCAGUCUCAUCAGAUUACUUAUUUUGUAUCGUUUUGGAUCCAAGUGGUCCGCUUACAAGAUCGAUUAUGCGGUGGGUACGACGUCCUGCAACCUCUUUGCUGUCCUUCUAGGCCUCUUCUGGACCGAACGAUCUCCGUUCCUUCGAAUCAACUCUCAGCCACGGCCAUAUAAAGGGGCACCGCGAAUGCUCCUUAUCCUGGCCCGAUUGCUCGUCAUAUGCUCUACCGUGGCCACACUGGCAGUCGCACUUGUGGGAGCGUUCGUUCAAGAAUCUAUUCACCAAGGCGGUCUUUUCAUUCUCUGUGUGGACUAUUUUGCAGCGGCGAUGUGGUAUUGGUGGCUCCUUCAGCACGAGAACGAAGGCCAGACCACCUUCAGGCGAAUCACGUAUUACUUAGCGGGUCUGACUCUGAUAUUACUGGUCAUUGCAAUCGUCGGCAUUCUGCGGGUAUCGUGGAUAAUCGCACUUGAGACUCAGCUGAUCACCGUUUUCAUCUGGGCAUCACUCGACAGAUUAGUUGUGUGA